AUGCCGCCCAAGCAGAAGAGCCGGCACGUGGCGCUCAGUGCCAUCGUGAUGCUCUGCUUCGGGCUGGCGGUUGUGAUUUUCAAGUACCACACGCAGCCCGGGGGGCAGCUGUACGGGGUGGCCGGCCUGGGCACCGGCGGCGGCGGCGGCGGCACCCUCAUGGCAUCCUCCGCCUCGGGCUUUGGCGUGGUCAUCGACUCAUCGCUGUCGGCAGCCGAGAUCUCGCAGCAGCUGACGCCGGGCAGCUCGGGGCGCGGACCCUUCGACCUCAGCAAGUACCCGGGCUUCUGCCGCAAGAUGCGGCCGCCCAACGUGCCCGUGCUGACGGUGCAGCGCAUGUGGCUCAGCGGCCGGCAGCGCAACUACACAGACGAGGGCUUCGAGCCGUAUGUGCUGGUGCAGCGCCGCUUCGUGCCCUGGUACGACGAGCGCUUCAAGGGCUACCGCAAGAACAAGGUGGUGCACCUGAUGCACAUGUUCCGCCUGGGCGUGGAGUUUGCGUCCACGCCUCACGGCUACGUGGUGCACUCGCCGCACCCGGUGGCCAACUCGUGGAACACCACGCAGGCCACAGGGUUCUGGUACAAGCUGAAGAAGCUCUACUCCGACAGCCGCGAGGACAUGGCCGCCUCCACCUUUGUGCCCGCCGCCUCCUUCAACUGCGACAGCCGGGAGCCGGAGAAGUGGAGCUUCUACCGCCGCCUGCGCCGCUGA